CGAAGCCUCAGUAGAUCUAUCAUAACCCAACCUUUUUGUUUCGACGCUGAAACAAAAGAGUAUUUUCUAYAACCAUGGUGAAAUUCACGUCUGGAGCUCUUUCGGCAUGCCUCUUGGCGACAGGAGCCACCGCCUUCGCUCCGAAAUCGUUUUCYGGAAAGCAUGCGUCCUCUUUGUCGAUGGUACGUUGGCGUUGAGAAAUACAGUAAUAGAAUUCCGGAUAUCUUCUAUUUUGGUAUGCUCGUCUCAAUUCAUAUCAUGGUGAAGGAACUUUUCCCAUUUAUGAGUGACUAUGUCCUUUCUCUGCAUUCACCAACAUUUCAUUUCGACUUUUCGCUUCAAUUUCUUGGUAUUAUUCGGUGUCAUGCAUGGUAUUCAUUUCCCUUUUUGCAUCCUGUAGUCCACCAACACGGCUCCUAAUUCCUCGGAUGUAUUGUGGACUCCCUCGUGGAAAUCGGGAGAGAGAGAYGAGGUAUAUGGAGAAAUCGGCAAAUACUGCGAGGACCUCAGCUUCGUCACCAGACGUAAAACCCGUACYGUUCACUGCGGGCCCAUCAAAUUCGGAUCUGAACACCCAAUCGUCAGACAAACGAUGGCAACUACCAACACCGCGGACGUUGAUGCCACCAUCGAACAAGUAAUGAGAUGUGCCGACGAAGGUUUCGACUUGGUGCGAAUCACCGUUCAGGGUAGAAGAGAGGCCGAUGCAGCGGCUAAGAUCCGUGAGGGUUUGUUCAAAAAGGGUUACGACAUUCCUCUUUGUGCCGACAUGCACUUUCAGCCAAAGGUUGCCUUAAUGGUUGCAGAUUGCUUGGAAAAGAUCCGAAUCAACCCCGGAAACUUUGCUGAUGGACGCAAGGACUUCGAAGAAAAGAUUUAUGAAACCGAAGAAGAUUACAUCAGCGAACGACAAUAUUUGUUGGAUGCCAUGUACCCGUUGGUGGAACGGUGCAAAGAGUUGAAUCGUUGUAUGAGAAUCGGUACUAACCACGGUUCUCUGUCGUCCCGAGUCCUUUCAUUUUACGGAGACACACCUCGUGGUAUGGUCGAAUCUGCUUUGGAAUUUGCUGAUAUCUGCAGAAGUCAAGACUACCACAACUUCGUUUUCUCGAUGAAGGCCAGUAACCCAUUGGUCAUGGUUCAGUCGUACCGUUUGUUGGCUGCGGAGCAAUAUCGUAUGGGAUGGGAYUAUCCUCUGCACUUGGGUGUCACUGAAGCAGGAGAAGGUGAAGAYGGACGAAUGAAAUCUGCCGUGGGUAUCGGAACUCUCCUUGCCGAUGGUUUGGGAGACACCAUUCGAGUAUCCUUGACGGAGGAUCCAGAGUUCGAAUUCGAACCUUGCAAUCGCUUGGCAGAAAUUGCCGAAUCACGAUUGGCCAUCAAUGAAGAUGCYAGAGAGCGUCAGGCUGCCGUGAAGCCCUACAAGGACACGCGAGAUGUUACCUCCUACCAACGUCGAACCGGAAGUUUGCCAGAACAAAAGGAAGGCGAUGUUGUCGAUGCACGUGGAUUCUUGCAYAGAGAUGGUUCCGUUUUGUCGGUAGUUACUCCCGAAAUGCUUUCGAAGGAAAACGUUCAGUAUCUAUACCAAGAACUCGGUUGCAAGACCGCGGUUGGUAUGCCCUUUAAGGAUAUCGCCACAUCCGAUUCCAUCUACAUGCCAACCAUUCCUCCGUCCAGCGAUACAGACGCCAGAACUGCUCUUCGACGUCUGAUUGAGGUCAGCAUGGGUGUCAUUGUCCCYGCUGAGGAAUUGGAGAAAGACCCUCUCCCCAAUGCAGUAGCCCUUGUCAGUCUMAAGGACGCUAUCGCCAAUGAUGGAAAGGUAAGGACKGAACAUCGUAUGAUUGUAUCUUAUCGAUUCUGUUGUGAUAGCGAACUAAUUGUAUUUCYCUAUGAUUCAUUCUUUUUUGAACGACUCGAUACCGUUCUCGGCACAGCUUCCAGAAGGUGCCAUCCGUUUGGCUCUUGCCCUCGACGGAGAUGAAACUGACGAAGAGAUCUUGAAGGUCAAAGAUUUGGAGCCUAUCAUGUGCAUCCUGAAACCCAAGAAGGGAAUUAGUCACUUGCAUUCMUCUCGUCGUGUUUUCGAAAUUUUCAACGAUAACGAGAUUGAGACGUCUGUAGUCCACCAUUUCACUACCGACACAGAUGAMUCGAACGAAUUAGCGCUGCAAAUUGGAACACAAAUUGGUUCUCUACUCACUGAUGGAAAUGGUGACGGUAUUAUGGUUGAGCAAGUUGGAGAGAAAACUCCAUUUUCGGUCGACUUCCUUCGAAAGACAUCAUUUUCUCUUCUGCAGGGAGCACGUUUGCGAAACACGAAAACUGAAUUCGUGUCGUGCCCGUCGUGUGGACGAACCUUGUUCGAUCUCCAAGAGACAACUGCUAAUAUCCAAGAAGCCACGGGACACUUGCCUGGUGUAACCAUCGCGGUUAUGGGAUGUAUUGUCAACGGACCUGGUGAGAUGGCCGAUGCCGAUUUCGGAUACGUAGGAACCCUUCCAGGAAAGGUCGACUUGUAUUACGGAAAAGAGGUUGUAAGAAAGGGUAUCCCCAAUGAYGACGCUGUUGAUGCGCUCGUUGACCUUAUCAAGGAAUAUGAUAUGUGGAAAGACAAGGACGAGGAAGAGGAGACGGAAGAAGCCGAAGCUGUCACAGCAUGAAUCAAGUUUUAAUUGAAAAGCGCAAAUUUUAARCAAAAU